UUUAUGCAGCGCGUUCGUGAUUUUCAGAAGUGUGCAGGUUAUUUGUAGGUGAUUUUUAAUUUAACAAUCAGAAAUGCCUCUAUCCGACGACGAGAGUUCUAAUACAAAUGUAAAAUUGAACAUAAAUAAUGAAUAUGCCAAGAACUAUAACCAGUGGCGUCAAAAGGAAGAAUUAAACAGAUUGAAACAAAGGUAUGGAGAAGAAGCUUGUGAUCUAGAAAAUUUAAGUCAAGAAUCAAGUGAAUCUUCCGAAGACGAGGACGAAGUUGAAGUGUCAGAGAAAUUUGAGGAAGACUUUUAUAAAGUUCUCGCUCUUUUAAAAAGCAAAGAUCCUCGGAUUUAUGAUGAAAAAGUCUCAUUUUUUAAUGAAAAAAAUGUAGAAGAUGAAAAGAAUAAGAAAAAGAAAUUAAAGAAAGAAAAAGGUGUAUCUCUGAGAGAUUUCGAGCGUAAGAUAAUUCUCGAGAGAGGAGGAAAAUACAGUGAUAGCGAAGAUGAAAGUGGGCCGAAAAUCCAGAAUGGAGACGGUCUUACUUACGUGCAAGAACAAGAUGAAAUUAGAAAUAGUUUUAAAGCUGCUUUGGAAGAUGAAGAUGAAGAUGAGGAUUUGUUGGUCGUGAAGAAUAAAUCUGAAGAACAAAUACGAAAGGAAGAAACUCGUAAAAAGUGGUUGAAAGGACAGGAAGUGGAAGUGGAUCCAAAAGACAAAGUCUUAGAACCAAUUCGAGAUUUUUGGGCAAAUCCAAAUUUAGACGCAGGCGAAAAGUUCUUGCGUGACUAUAUUUUAGACAAAAAAUAUCUAGACAAAAAUGCAUCAGAUGCUGACCUCGAAUACGAUCAGGCGGUGCACGACAGUGAUGAAAAUUUGUCAGAAGACGAGGAGAAUAUUGAUCGCCAAGAAGAAUUUGAAUACAAGUACAAUUUUAGAUUCGAGGAACCAGAUCAGGAGUUUAUUAAAAGAUAUCCUCGUACCCUUGAAAAUUCAAUGAGGAAGAAAGAUACACGCAGAGCAGAGAAAAGAGUAGAGCUCAAAACCAGAAAGGAGCAAGAAAAGUUCCGGAAAAAGGAAGAGCUUAAGGAACUCAAAGCUCUUAAGAGAAAAGAGGUUGAGGAGAAAUUAGAAAAAUUGAAGGAAAUCACAGGAAAUGACGAUAUCAUGUUAAACAUGGCAGACUUGGAAGGAGACUUCGAUCCAAACGAACACGACCGAAAAAUGCAGCAAAUGUUUAACGAUGAAUAUUAUACUGUUCCUGAAAAUGAUAGCAAACCUCAGUUUCCCGAAAUUGACGAGGAAAUAAACGGAGAGUUACCUUUCAAUAAUUAUGAGGAUAAUCAGAUGGACACAGGUAAUAAUUAUGAAGGAGGACCUGAAUGUGAAGAUCCUAAUUUCGUUAUGGAUGCUGAUUACGAUCCUACAUCAGAUCCAAAAUCAAAAGAUACAAAUUCGACAAAGAAAAAGAAAAAAGGACGUAAUAAAAAGGCUGAAUUUGUUCACAAAGACAAACCGAAGUUUGAUCCUGAAAUUUAUUCGACGUAUCAGGAAUAUAUAGACCGAUAUUAUGGUUUAGAUUACGAGGAUAUGAUAGAAGAUGUGCCUUGCAGAUUUAAACUUAGAAAAUCAUUGCCUAAUGAUUACGGAUUAACGAUAGAAGAGAUUUUGAUGGCUGACGAUAAGGAAUUGAAUAAAUGGUGCUCCUUGAAAAAAGCUCUUGAGUACAAACCAGAGCAAGUUGAGAGAAACGAACUCCGUAGGUUUCAACAGAAAGCUCAAAAUGAAGCUCUGAAAAGGAAGAUUUUGCAAAGCUUGUACAGAACCGAGGAAGAAGAGCCAGACAGUCAGGAAGGUCCUUCAGCAGAAACAUCGAAAAAAAGGAAAAGAAAGAAGAAAAAAGGAGCCGCAGUUGAAAAUCAGCAAGAUGAUAUCGAAAUUAAUUCUGAAGUUCCUUCAACUUCAAAGAGCAAUCAAAAUUUUUGUGAAAAUGUAGAUGAUACCGAAAAGUACGCAGGUUCUGAACUCUUGAAUUUAAAAUCUGAAAAACAAAAUCAUGAUGUCCAUAAUUCAGGUAAUGAAAAGAAAGAAGUUCAAAAGAAGAAUAAGAAGAAAUACACGAAGGAAGAUAGUACGAUUAAGUACGUAAAUACACCAGACAUCAAAGAGAAAGCUGCAAUAAAGAAGAAGAAAGAACAUGAAAAUGAGAGUUUGAAUGGCCCAAGUUCUCAACUCUUGUCUUUAAAAUCUCAAAAGCGAAAAUGUGAGAACGUUCACAAACCAGAUGAUAAAAAGAAAGACGUUCAGAAGAGGAAGAAAAGCAAGAAGGAAGAACAUCAGUAUGAAAGUCUGAAUGAAAAUGCAAGCAUAGAUGCUUUAAAUGGAAUCGAAAAAGAAGCGAAUUUCAAAGAUUUGAAAGGUGAAAUGAAAAAGCAGAAGAAAAAGAAUCAACAGAAUAUUUCAAUGAGUGAAAUAAAAACGGAAACAUUCCUGGGAAAUGAAUUCGAUAAAGAAAAAAGUGAUUCGGAUAAAACAUUGAGCAAAAAGGAGAAGAAUAGACUUUCGAAAUUAGAAAGGAAACAAAAAUACAUAAAAUUGAAAAAGGAGCAGGCGAAAAAGUAUGCAAUGAAAAAGAAGGAAUCAUCUACUGAAGGUGAAGCAAAUAAAGAAAAAGUCACGCCUGAUCAAUCUGAAAAAUUGAAGAAAAAAGAAGAAAUUAAAUUAAAGAAAUUAGAAAGAAAGCAAAGGUAUUUGAAAAUGAAAAAGGAGUUGGCGAAGAAAAAUGAGAAAAAUACAAAGGAAAAUGAUACAGAUGUAUUGAAAUCCUUAAGUGCUGACCGAUUAAAGGCAUUUGGUACCAACCCCAAGAAGUUUAAAAACAGAUUAAAGUAUGGAAAUAAAGGAUAAUUUUAUUUAAUUCUGACUCUUUAAGAGAAGAUUGUAUUUAUUGAUUUUAAUUACAAUUUUACACAACUGUAAGUAAAUGUAAAAUACUUAAAAGAUCGUUGAAAUGUUAAUGAUUAUAAUAUUAUAAACUAAUAUUCUACAAAUAAAACUUGUAC